ACAAUGACUGGACGCGGCAAGGGAGGAAAAGGACUCGGCAAAGGAGGCGCCAAGCGUCAUCGAAAAGUGCUGCGUGAUAACAUUCAAGGCAUCACUAAACCUGCCAUCCGCCGUCUGGCUCGUCGUGGUGGAGUCAAGCGAAUUUCCGGGCUUAUUUAUGAGGAAACCAGAGGCGUGUUGAAGGUGUUUUUGGAGAACGUUAUUCGAGACGCUGUUACUUACACAGAACACGCUAAGAGGAAGACCGUCACCGCAAUGGAUGUCGUUUACGCUCUGAAGCGACAGGGACGCACUCUGUAUGGUUUCGGAGGAUAA